CACCAUGACAAUGAUUAUAGUCACGUGACUUUCCGCCAUCUUAAGUUGAUCUACUCGAAGUUGUAAAUAAGACUGCGACUGCAGUGACCGACCUUGAUUUGCUCAAGAAUUCCUGCCAUUCCAACAAAUUCAUUCUAAAGGGAAAGUGAAGGGGAAAAAACAAGAAAUAGGAAAACUUGACUCUCUCCUUUGAUGAACUCUGAAGCAAGGAUUCUCUUACAUGUAUGAAGUUAUCAAGGCGGUCGCAGAAUCAGUGGAGUAAAAAAGAAGCAACACCCGGAAAUACUCUGUAUACAUGUAGAUUCCUUUAAAGAUCUCCAAAGAUAUUUUAAUAGCUUACAAACAGAACAAAAAAUAUUGUAAAGUUUAUUUGACAAGUGUUGAUAGUUAACCUAAAUUGGAAGCUCUGCAUGAAGCAUUUUGGAACAAGUCUCUUCGAAUAUUGGUUUGAAAGGAUACAUCAUCUAGUUUUUGUAGGAGGAUAUAAUCGUAAGCCUAGACGUGGCUACCACAUGAAAAAGCAGGCGUUCUAGCUUCCAGGGCUAGAACGUAUUACAAGAAACUGACAAAACAAGCUAUCAGACGGUAUUAACAACCAAAAGAACAUACCAAUCGACUACAACUUCUGAACGUAAAAAGUGGAGCUGUCUUAAAGGGACUGAUAGAAUUCAGACCUGAGUUAGCCUACCUACCCACAGUGUGAGGAUGACAAGAUGCCUGUACGUGUGCGCCCCUCCCCAGUGACCUACCAUGGGCACACCACCACCAACACCACCAGAAUGAUGCCCCGCCCCCCAGCCAGCUACCCAAGUAGCUCCUCCUUACGCCGACACAUCACACCCCGGGCAACCCAACAUGCCAUCGACACAUCUUCAUACAGCAGCAAGCCAACCAGCUUGUACUCAAGCAGCCGCUACGGCUCGCCAUCCACUACCACACGCGAUGCCUACCGCCCUCACCGCCCUGAGAUCAGCCGGCGCACCACCAACCCUAUCACCGCUACAUAUGAGCCAAAGACCUACAGUGAUGCCUACAGUACUAAAUAUGCCUCAAGGUCGCUACGACCAGAGCAGCGUAGCCCUAGCGUGUCUUCAAUUUCUCGGGACCUGCUAAGGCUUCCGCUUAUGGAUGAUUCGCCGUCCAGGACGUAUAAGAGUUCAAAUUUUGGGAGUGUGCCGGAUAACCUUUAUAAAUCUUCCAUUGAGGAUUUACAGGCAAGGCGUCCAAGGGAUAGCUCAGAGAGCAGGACUUCAUCAGCCAAUCAUGUGGAGGACUACAGGGAUAGUUACAGUCGGACAGAAAAGACAUACAGACCCUCGCUGCCUAAUAGAGGGUCAAGCUAUUCAACCCUCAAAAGAACUCCAAGUAUUGUCAAAUUGACAAGUAGAAGAUCAAGUGUGGGGGAUUACUCUCCAAGAACUACAGCUGGAGAGUAUGGUCUCAAUACAAUCAAAGGAGCUGGCAAGAGAGGGCUGAAAAAUAUAGGAAACACAUGUUAUAUGAACACCAUUAUCCAGUGUCUGUCUUCCAUUCCUGAGUUGUUCAAGUAUUGUCUUCAGCUAGACAACCUAAUGCACAAAGACCAUGUAAACAGCAAUAGCUACCACUCUGGAAAACUCUUUCAAGAGUUUGCAGAGACACUCAAGAAAUUAUGGGACCGUGAUUCCACCGUCUGCUCCUUAUCUCCGCACAACCUGAAACGUCAAAUUGGCAACAUGCUCAGCCAUGAGUUCCGUGGUUACAGGCAACACGACGCAGCCGAGUUUUUGUUGAGUCUACUUGCUGAGCUGAGUGAAGAUGUGAAUCAAGUCAAGAAUCCCCCCAGGCUAGGCGCCAUGCCAGAGAACUUAAACCCCGUUGAUCUUGCCAAUCUCAUGUGGCGGCGCCAGCAGCAGUUGACCCAAUCCAUCAUCUUUGACCUCUUCAAUGGCCUCACACGCAGCACACUACGAUGUUCCACCUGCGAUUACGUAUCAGUGACCUUUGAACUAUUCUAUGACCUUUCAGUGCCUAUACCUACGGGUUGUAGUAACCUUGCAGAUGCCUUAGAGCUGUACACCAAACCAGAAACAUUAACAGGAGACAAUAAAUUUAGGUGUGAGAAGUGUAAGACGUUACGAUCAGGAACCAAGAAGAUGGAGAUUGAGAGAUGCCCUAAAGUUCUCAUUAUCCAAUUGAAGCGGUUCUCAUCGUCGCACUCAGGACUGACGAGGAAAGUCGAGACGCAUGUAGACGUCCCUCUCCGCGGCCUUGACCUUAGCAAUAACAUGUCACAAGAUGCUGAUCCUUCCUCACGUUACCAGCUACAGGCUGUGUGCAAUCACUACGGGGGCACUGCAGGAGGCCAUUACAUAGCGUACUGCAGGCAUCCAGACGAUGACCAGUGGUACAAGUACGACGAUGAGAGAGUCACCCAGCUGAAGGAGUGCAAUGUGGUGACAACCAAUGCUUAUAUCCUCUUCUAUACCUCAAAGAUGAGCCGCAAGGACUCGCGGCUCUGAGACCUACCCCUUCCAAACCUCGCCAUUGGAUCAACUUAGAUGAUAUAAACAUAGUCUCACCUGUACAUUAUGCAUGUGUAGACUGUAGUACAGUCAAACCUGCUUUAGUGACCACCUGUCUACAAAGACCACCUGUCUACAAAGACCACAUUUUUUGUUU